UGGACAUGUGCGGGGUAUCACGCGUUUUGGCCAUGGUUGCAACGCUGUGAUGAAGCUGUGCUAGGGGUAUGUCAGGAAUGCUACCGCUCGCCCGGGACGGAGUUGCUGUUCCAGUCGGCCAAAGUUGCAAGAUCGGACGAGUGGUCAUAUUGGCCGCCACCUUCACGGCAGGCUUUGCGUGUGGCUUUACAGCUGCAAGCCCAAGGAUAGCCACUCCAACAACCUCAUCUUUGUGGAUACCAACGCCUUGUGCCUGUAGGUCAGAGCUUGAUGCUACAACUACAGCUGUGCCGGCGAAGGUUACCACGAGAACGCCAUCUCCGCCAGGUCGAGGUGCAUCGACACCUGCCCCGACCAUCAUUGCCAGGACGGUGGGUUUGCUGACACCAGUGAGGACAACGUCAAAACCAUCCAGCGACACGAUCAUCGUCAGGGUCUUUGCUGGCGGAAAUGGUCGUUUAGGCAACAACAUCGGGCAACUGUUGCAUGGCCUUGCUUUCGCACGGCGCAUUCACGCAGACAAGGUGCAACUUGUUGCUUCUGGUGGUCAAAUUCCUCAAAUUUUGCAAUUGAAAGAUUUGACUCUAGAUUUGCCAGAUGCUGGAAGCCAACGCGGCGACAUACCCAAGGAAUGCAAUGAAGCUGCUCAGGCCUCCCGAAUGAACAAAGAGCCCAAUACUUAUGCGAGCGGCUUUUGGACAACACGAUGUGCAGGAGUUCCAGGGAGUGAGUAUCAUGACUUGGCCUUCGAGUAUAUUUGGCCAUUGCUGAAACCAGAGGUCAAGGAAUGCAUUGAGAAGGUGGAUGAUGCGGCAGAAAAACGGCUGACCGUUCAUUUGCGUGGCCAAGAUCUUUGGAGCAUGGGUGAGUUUGAUCUUGUCCCAAAGAAGCCACUGAAUACAUCUGUUGGUGCUCACCAUUGGCUGUGGGCCAACCCUCCGUGCAGUAUGUAUGAGAAGAUCAUUCAAGAAGAAGGUUACUCCGAAGUUUUAGUCGUCACUUCUCCUGACAAGAGGCACGCAUGCAUUCCCUGGUUCGAGCAACUUCCAGAUCGCUUGCAGCUCUUGGAGUCGAACGGGUCGAGCAGUUCAAAGCUGAAAGUGACAAUACAGGCAAGUUCUUUAGCAGAGGACUUUUGUGCCCUUGUCAAAUCCCAGAAUAUGGUGGUCUCUUUCUCAACCUUGUCGAAUGCAGCAGCUGUCCUGAGCAAGCAUUUGAAACGAAUCUAUGUCCGCAAUUUUGCGGCCAACUCAAUGUUGAAUUGCAAUUUGUGGCCAGGAAUUUCCUUGGUUCGCUACGGCAUGGCAAUAAGUGAGCAACACCAUGAACCUUACAACAAUACGUAUGGUGGAGUUAUUGAGUGGUUUCAGACCUACAAUGUCAGUCAAAUACACAGGACAGAGUGCAAAUGAGCCGAGAAA